AUGAGAUGGAAGAUCGAGUCCGAGCACGAUGCUAGCGCGCCCUUGUGGGCUCAAACCUGCCAGGAACUGGACGCUGGGCGGCAUAAUAUGUGGGCAUGGUAUCAGAUCGAGGGUCGGUUCCAAGAGUCUGUGCAAGCCAUCCGAAAGCCAUGUGGGGAUCGGCGGAGAUUGACUUUCGCGAAUGAUGAGAGAACCAUCGAUUUGGACAUCUUUUGCCCGUGGCACCAGCACGUGAAGCCGAAUGCUCUCAUUCCAAGGAACGCGUCAGAAGCUAGCAGUUGUGGUCUUGGCUCUACAGGGACCUCUAAUGGCAGAUGGGGAGUCGAGUUUCAGGUGGCGAUGAAUGCACGAUCUGAUCCCGAUAUUCCGUACAACGGUGAUGCGCUGAUAGGCGUGUCCGUUGCGAUUGCCGUUGUUCAAAUUGUGGUGGUUGUAGCACGUUUCUAUACAAGACGCCUGCAACAGCUGGCUUUAGCUCUCGAUGAUUACCUGAUUCUUCUGGCAUUGAUCGCCAGCUUGGGCCAAUCGGCUUUGUACAUCAUCUUGGUUAAGCUCGCAGGAGUCGGACAUCACAUGGAAUAUGUCGAAGAGACGCCUGAAAAGCUGGUGAUCCUGGAGAAGGGCCUGUAUGCCAACGAGAUUCUCGACUUCCCGUUCACAGUCACUCCAGCCAAAAUCUCCAUUCUGGUCUUUUACCUCCGAAUCUUCACCACCCGAUCGUUCAAAAACAUGGCAUAUAUAGUCGGUGCUAUCGUGCUUGGACAUGGCCUCGGCAUCCUAUUUGCGGCCAUCUUCCAGUGCUGGCCGAUAGCAUACGUCUGGGAUACAACCAUUGAAGGAGGAUCGUGCUUCAAUCAACUGGCCUUCUACCGCUAUGUGUCGCCGCCCAAUAUCUUGACAGACGUCCUCCUUCUGAUCAUGCCAUUGCCAUAUGUCUGGAAACUACAUACGCGAAAAGGACAGAAGUUGGCUUUGACGGGAGUAUUCCUCCUCGGCAGUUUAAAAUGCCACGACCGACCCAACCUGUACGUCCUUUCUGUCCACAUACCUCAACGAACUCCCACCCGGGCUAACCACAUCAACUCAGGGACAUCCACCAACCUAGGAAUCUGGACCAUCCUAGAAGGCGGAAUCAUCAUCAUCGCCGCCUGUCUCCCACCCAUUUGGCCGUUGAUCAUGCGCAUUCUACCUCAACAGCUGCGCAGCAAGGGCUCUUCUCAGACUCCGCAGUGCUAUCAUCGCCGCUACCCAACCAACCAGGGCAAUGCCAAGACUCCGGAGGGAUUCUCUCGACUCGGGGACAACAGUCAGUCGCGCGGAUCGCAUGUCCCAUCACUGGGAAGUCAGACGAUGGUGGCGCGGGAAUCUGAGUACUAUUCGGAAAAUAUCUCGCUGGAGGAGGCGAUGCAUGGUAUGAUACCUAUUAGGUUAACCAAUGUUCGAUAUGAUAUACCGAAGAAUCCAGUGAUUGAUGACAGAUCACAAUAG